GGAGCCUUUUUUUUGCCCGCAACACUUCAAGGCGGUAGUGUGAAUCCAAGACUGAUAAAACAAAGAAGCUGCCAGAGACGUGCCCAACAACUUCCCCACGCGAGGCAGAUAUUCAUGUAAGCGUUCCAUGCGCAAGCAACACAUCGGCAGACACGCACGAUUUGCGCUGCCUUCACCUUCGUCAGGCCUCCCAGGAGACCCCAAAACUGGCGACGGCUGCGCAAUGCGCAGCUCCCGAGGGAGCCGCGAGGACUCCAAUGAAUAUGCGGUGCCCUCACCACCGCCAACCGCCCCGGCCCCCCCCCCCCACACUAGUUGUGAUAAUAGAAAGUGAAGCAAACCUUCCUUGUGCUCAGCGGAACUUCAAAGCUUCGUCGAGUCCAGCGAAACUUCAAGCGCAAGCAAGAGUAAGGCAUAGAAAAUGGAGCGAAGCUUCCUCGCAGAACUUCAAGCUCAAGCAGGAGUAAGAUAUAGAAAAUGGAGCGAAGCUUCCUCGCGGAGCUUCAAGCUCAAGUUAAUGUGAAGGGGAGCCCCAGGUUCCCGUGGGCAUGCAUAAAGUUGUUUUUUCUUUCUACGGUCCAGGCGGCGCCAGAACAUCGCUUCGCUCGGAUCCUGGAAACCACGUAGAGCAGCUACCUCAGAGAAACAGAAUCGUCAAGGUGUUGGAGACCACGAGCAAAGCGGAAGCGCUGACCACAUACGUGCCGUCACGGGCCGGCAUGCAAGAAAAGCUCAACACUGCACAGUGCUUCGGGAACCAUCGCUGUAGCCUCUGUUUCCAACGAGGUGCGAAGGGGGAGCUGCGCAACUUGAGCGAGAGGGCGGGCAGGGAGAACGGCGAGGGAAACACAAGAAGCAAAAGGAAGGGAGGGGAAGAGAGAGAGGUGCUACAGGAACAGUGCGAUGCGAUACUCUGGCUCACAAUCUAGGGGUCCAUGAUGGAUCGAGCCCCUCUGAACCUGCUUUGAAACUGGGCCGCUUUGGGCCGCUUUCGUCCAACUAGCACGGGCGGGUCAGCGUUCCGCGGUUGAACUUGACCCCGGGGCUUUCUCCGGCAGGAGCUCUUCAUCCGGACCCUCGCCCGCGUCGGCCGGCGCCUGGGCCGCGCCCCAGCGCCUGAGCGCCACCGCGGCCACUCCGAGCACAGCGACAGCAGCUGCUCCGAGGGCCGCGAGAGCGGCCGCUACCGCGGCCCCUGAAGACCCCCGCCUGGCCGACACCGGGCCGUCCUUCAGGAGCCUCGCGCCGCCCUCCUCCUCCCGGGCCGCGCACGCCGCACACGAACUGCACUCGUUCGCCAUGAUCUCGUGGACCUUGCUGCAGCUGACCUCCUCGCUGGGGUCCGAGCUGUCGCCGCCAGCGCCGAGCUCCACGAGGGCCUGCUGGAAGAGCUCGCAACACGAUGUGCCGUCGCACUCUGCUAAGAAGUCGCUCUCCGUGCACUCGAUCUCGCAGCCACUGCCCCGGCGCUCGCACGCAGGCGCCGCAGCGGGAUCCGUGACGGGAUCCGCGACGUCACUGCCGGGGCACGGAGGUUGGACGGCGUCGUCGCCCUCGCACUUGCAGAAACGUUGAACAGAUCCCCCAGCAGUCUUAUGACAUUCCGUCGUCGUGUACUCGACCAUCUCAAAGCACUUGCCUGUAGAACCAUCGGGCUCUGGCAUGUAGUUUGGAGCAACUGAGUUGGUUGUACCCCAUGUGGCACACUCGAGGCAAAUCACGCUUGCCACAUCUUUCUGGGAUAUCGUCUCCGUAGUCCAGUCAAGGUCGACACAAGUCAACGACACGGCGUGUGCACGUAGCGCCUUUCUCGGCAAGGUACCACACCUCCGAGGCCCUGGAGACGGCCAGCGCGGCAACUGCGAUUAUCUUCGCAGCAAAACCCAUGGGUCUGAGGCUGCUGGAGCCGAGGGGUACGAUGAUUCUCGGCGCGGUCUCAAAAACGCUUGAGAGCCACAAGGGAUUGAGCCAGGAUGGCUUGAGCCAAAAUGACUUGAGCCAAAAUGGCUACGGACGGUCUUGGGAGCCUCUUGGAGCGUCUUCAACG